AUAAAAUAUGGAAAGAUAUUGUUUAGUUCCAGAACAUUAAAAUUAAAUCAUUAUGGCUUAUUGUAUUUCAGAACAUUGUCGUAAGUAAAAUAGAGCGAUUUGUUUUAAAUGUAUGACUGAUUCGACACACCAAUAACAUAAUAUAAUCUAAAUAACUUAAGAAGAGAGUUUCCUAUAACAGGUUAAUAUCCAUUAUAGGGACAUCUCAGAUAAAUUAAAUGCACUUAAACUGUAGUUUUCUACAGGGAUUGCUUACUUAGAAAUGCUUUUGGAUAAAUAUUACAGACCCAUACCUUUAGGUAAUUUCGGAAAUUAGGAAAUCACCAAUAAAAUAGAUUGCCUGUUAAAGCUUGAAAAGGUUUAAAAGCUUAUAAACGACAGAGUAGACAACAUUUUUGAGCAUACUUUGAAAUCAAUAAGAAUUACAUGCCAUGAUUUGACCUAAGGUUAAGAGUUAUAAGGUAUAAUCAAAUUUAGAAUUAGGCUAUGAAUUCUUGUCAAGGCAAAACUAUUAGGAGGCAUUAAAGUUGGUCGAUUAGAGUUAGAAGGUUGAUCCCAAAAGUGCACUUUUGAAGUUGGCUAGGGGUAAUAGAAUAAUAAAUAUGUAUAGCUGAAAUUUACUAGAAUACAAAUAGAACGCAAGAGGCGAGAUUAAUUUAUUAGGAGAUAUUGCAAUUGGAAUAGUAUAACCCUUGGGCUUCAAUUGAAUUAAGUAUUUGUUCAUUUCUAUUGGAUUAGACAAACUAAUUGGUUAGCAAGAACGGAGAUGAUUAUACAAAU